AUGGAGUCUCCCAUGCCCAGCAGCAACGGCGGCUUGUCGCCGCGCUCUUUUGCCAUACAACACCAGCGCCCGCGGAUCAGCUUUACAGGAUGCUCCAGAAUCACCGAUUAUGAGGUACUCGGCAAGCUUGGCGAGGGUACCUUUGGCGAGGUUCAUCGCGCGCGUUCGCGCAAGACCAACGCGCUCGUCGCGCUGAAGAAGAUCAUCAUGCAUAAUGAAAAGGAUGGCGUAUGUCAAACCCAGUUCAUCGCGCGCAGGCCCUUCCAGGCCAUGCGUAACGACCCAAGACCACUUGAGGCUGACGACAAUCCCCAGUUUCCCAUUACGGCGCUCCGAGAGAUCAAGCUCUUGAAACUGCUCUCCCACGAUAAUAUCCUUCGUCUCGAAGAUAUGGCAGUGGAGCACCCCCCUAGAUCGAACGAUGUGAAACGAAAACGACCGAUCAUGUACAUGGUUACACCUUAUAUGGACCACGAUCUUUCUGGACUCCUCGAUAACCCCUCGGUCACAUUUACCGAACCCCAAAUCAAAUGCUACAUGUUGCAGCUUCUCGAAGGCCUGCGGUAUCUACAUGAUCAACAUAUCCUUCACCGAGACAUGAAGGCUGCCAAUCUGUUGAUCAACAACAAAGGAAUCCUCCAGAUUGCCGAUUUUGGUCUGGCGAGACACUACGACGGGCCCACGCCCAAGGCCGGCCAGGGAGGUGGAGAUGGCAAGCGGGAGUAUACCGGCCUGGUCGUCACCAGAUGGUACAGGCCUCCCGAGCUUCUGCUGCACCUGAAGAAGUACACGACUGCUAUUGACGUUUGGGGGGUUGGCUGCGUGUUUGGUGAGAUGCUUACCGGGAAACCGAUCCUUUCGGGCGACAGCGACGGCCAUCAGCUGGAUAUCAUCUGGGACCUCGUGGGCUCGCCGACGCCACAAAACAUGCCGCUGUGGAGCACACUUCCUGGCUCCGAGGGGCUGCAACCGCGGUCCCGCCCCGGCAACUUGUCCACGAGAUUCAGGGAACACGGUUCGGCCGCCAUCUCGUUGCUCAAGGAGCUUCUGAAGCUGGACUGGAAAACACGCAUCAACGCCAUCGAUGCGCUGCAGCACCCGUACUUCAAGAUGUCGCCUCUGCCGGCCAAGGCGCACGAGCUCCCGACGUUUGAGGAGAGCCACGAGUUUGACAGGCGCAAGUUCCACGACCGCAAGGCCGCCCUGCCUCCAGCCCCUAAGGGUGGCACGGUUGGCAUGGGUCCCGAAGCGCAUGGCGCCAGCGCCGGGUUCAACACUGGGGACGGCUACGCAAACGGUCGCAACGGGGUCAACGGAGGGCGCCACCCUCAUCGCAACGGCGACGAAAGGCGACCGGCGUGGGCGCGCGACAGGCCAAUGCCCGGUGAGCGAGGACUGCCACCACGCCCUCCGCCACCGGUGGACAGCGGUGACGACCGCGGGGGGUACCGUGACCGGAAUGGCGGACGCGGACCUCGCAACCCCAGGCCGCCGGGCGCGGACGUGGAUACGUAUAUGCCCAGCUACGGUCGUGAAGGUGGACGGCACCGGGAUGACCGGCCGCGAGAUGACCGACCACCCCUGGACCGACCUCGUGACGAUCGCCCUCCUCUGGAUCGCCGCCGUCGUAAUAGCAGGGACGACUGGCGCUCCGACCGAGGGCCGGACCGGGUGCCGCAGUACGGCAGCAGGGAGAGACACACACGGAGCAGGAGCCGGUCGCCGGUCCGAGAUCGCGAGCGUGAACGGGACUAUCGCCGUUAG